AUGGCUGCGUGGCGCGAGCGGCUGGCCGGCGUGCGCGGCGUCCUGCUCGACAUCUCAGGCGUGCUGUACGAUGGCGGCGCGGGUGACGGCACGCCCAUCGCCGGCUCGGUGGAGGCAGUGGCGAGACUGAAGCGGUCCCAGCUGAAGGUUCGGUUCUGCACCAACGAGUCACAGCGGUCCCGCCGGGAGCUGGUGGAGCUGCUUCGGAGGCUGGGCUUUGAUGUCUGCGAGGGGGAGGUGACCGCCCCGGCCCCCGCGGCCUGCCAGAUCCUGAGGGCACGAGGCCUUCGGCCACACCUGCUCAUCCACCACGAGCAGGGGGUGCAGUCCUGCCUGGUGCCCUCUGAAUAUUUGACCACAGAUGUUAGCACCCUUCAGAACUCCCCUCUCUUAGAGCUUGUUCCUGCCUUAAUUCGCACUUGCCGCUACUACAAAGAGGCCUCUGGCCUGAUGCUGGAUGUGGGCGCCUACAUGAAGGCACUCGAGUAUGCCUGUGGCAUCGAGGCCGAAGUAGUGGGGAAGCCUUCUCCCGAGUUCUUCACGUCGGCCCUGCGAGAGAUGGGCGUGGAAGCUCACCAGGCCAUCAUGAUUGGAGACGACAUCGUGGGCGACGUUGGUGGGGCCCAGCGCUGUGGGAUGCGGGCACUGCAGGUGCGCACCGGGAAGUUCAGGCCCAGUGACGAGCACCACCCAGAGGUGCAGGCCGACGGGUACGUGGACAACCUCGCGGAGGCCGUGGACCUCCUGCUGCAGCACGCGGACCCCUGA